AAACAACAAACUGCAAGAAAAAGAGAAAAAAAACCCCAACAAACUUAUCUUUCAUCAGAACUGAAAGGACCUGCAGUGUACCAAUCAGUUUGCCUGAUUCCGAGAGUUGCCAUGGAGAGUUUGCCAUGCAAACCAGAAGAAACCCAGACUCACUUGUUUUCAUUUAAGAUAUUUGGACUUCUGAACCACCUGGUGUUAAAUGUAUCUGCCAAAGUCAGCAGGCCAACAAUCUGCUGAGUGUGUGAAGAAGAAAUGUCUUAUGAAGACAGGAUCAUACCCUUACUCAGAUAUCUCAGAACCGAUUUUAGGAGUCCGAGGUCUGUUACCUACAGGACAUCAGAACCUGAAUAUGUACCUGAAAACGAAAAUGCUGCCAUCGCCGAGUUUAAGAGGAUACUGAAACCCAUCUGGCAUCUUAUUUUAAUCGGAAUUCUGACCGGGAUCCUCGUCUGGGUGUUUUUAAUCGUCCUCCUCGAGUGGAACACCAAGCAAAACGUGUUGACGAGUCUAGCGCAUGUCAAAAAGGAGAGGAAGACCAACACCGAGAAGCUGCUAGAGGAGAUAAGGAGGAUGGUAGAACAGCUGAAGUUAACCAAAACAAACUUCUCAAUUCUGAAGGCGGAGUAUGACCGGCUGUUGCACAAUCUUCCUUGCAAUGCAACCUUCCUGGAGCAUGAAUUAAACAGCCUGAGUGCGGUCUUGGACAAAGCUUUAAAAGCUAAAGCACAGAUUGAGGGGCAAGCCAAUCGGGUGGCGGCCCAACUGAAGUCUGUCCAGGAUAAAUACCGGCCUGUGGAGCUGAAGAACCAGAGACAGCGUUCGAUCCUGUCCUCCAAGCGGCUCAGCUACAUUUGGGAUUUUUGUAAUCGGACCACGCUGACGUGUUCCCACUGCCGUCCGGGGUGGACAGAGCACGCUUCCAGGUGCUUCCUCAUCUCCAAAGUGGACAAGAACUGGGAAAGUGCUCGUGUCGAUUGCCGCAAAUACAGAGGGGACCUAGCUAUUGUCCUGAACAAAACCGACCAGGAGUUCCUUACGAACAUGGCGUUACAGUUUAAAAAUAAAAAUCCUCGCAUGACCUCCCACUCAUUGUGGAUCGGGCUGCAGGACAUGGUCAAGGAAGGAGUUCACUUCUGGGUCGAUGGAGAGAGAGUCAAAUGGGAUGUGGCAUACUGGAAAUUUGGGGCGCCCAACAGCACCGAAUUUGCCUUGAACACUGAACAUGAAACUGAGGACUGUGUGGCCAUUGCACCGCCGGAUCAAGUGGGACCUGAAGGCUGGCUGGACACCUGGUAUGAAGCUGAUUGUACUGAGAGACAUCACUACAUCUGUCAGGGUGAUGCCCUGAUUAAGCCCUAGAUAAAAGAAGUCCUGUUUUAAUCUGGCCACAAGACACAUGUGGGCGCAAAAAGUCGGGUCAGAGAGACUGAAAUGUAACUUUCUUGUUAAAAAGCACAAAACUCAGAACAGACAAAGCUCGGAGUGAAAAAUUGUGGGGGCAGUAUCAUGCUGUGGGGAUGGGGUGGUGAGAUGGUAGAUGGAGAUACAAAAAAUAUUCAUUCUAUACUCUAAGAAAAUCUAAAACUACAGAGGAAGCGAAAGAAAAAAACAAAUAUUAAGAAUUGUUAGUUUGGUACCUGUGUGAUUUACACAGUAUGCAGAUGACUGUUCGAUAUAUUUCUCAACAUUUCUUUCACUCCCCUUAAUUAAAAAUGCAGAAAUGCU